AUGCCAAAUGAACUGAAUGAACCAAAUAAACCAAAUAAGCCGGGUAAACAAAACAGGGCAAGUGAAGCGAAUAAUGCAUUGGACUCAAAUGAAACGAAUGAACCAAAUGUGCUGAGUGAACCGAAUAAUGAAAAACAGAACAAUCAUGCUCAUGCAUGCGAAACAGACGAUUUCGAUGGACUUUACAAGAUUAGGGAAAAUUAUGGAAAUAUGAACAUUAAAGUGAAAUUUUAUUUCAUUGUCAUUCUAUUUCGAAAUUACUGCGAGUGGAAAAUUUUAAAUGCAUUUCUUUUAUGCCAAUUAGGGCAUUUUAAUUGUUGCCAAAAAUUUUACCUGUAA